AUGGACCCGUGCACGGCCCAAAAUAGAAAACGAAAAAACGAACAAACAGGGCCCGAAGCUCCGGGGUCUCCAAAAAAAUAUACAAAAAUUGCGCUUCGUUCGCUGUCAAACGUUCGGCAUCCUCGUCUACCGAGAAACUCGAUCGAUUCUCAUAAUUACACCGACGUAUAUCGGGUUGCAUGGUCAUAUAACCUAAAUACAAUGUUUACUAAAAAUUUUUGCGAAAUAGUCGGCAAACGAUUGAAGCAUACUUGGGAAGCGCCCGAUGGGUUUUCCACCGGGAUAUCGAUUUAUAACUGUGUGACUAGAAGGCAAGAGCCUUUCGUUGUGAAGAAUAAAGACUCCGUGACGUGGUACACUUGCGGCCCCACCGUGUACGAUUCGCCGCAUGUUGGACAUGCGAGCUCUUACGCUAGACUGGAUACUGUACGAAACAUAAUGCGAAACCAUUUUAAACUGAACGUAGUAAGCGUCAUGAACAUAACUGACAUCGACGAGAAAAUCAUAAAGCGUGCCCGGCAGGACAAAACGGAGGCGAAAGAGAUCGCCGCGAAAUACGAGAAGGAAUUUUGGGAAGCGUUGGAUUUAUUGAAGGUGAAACAACCAGACGUCGUGUUAAGGGUCACCAAAAAUAUGGACCUCAUAGUUGAUUUCAUCAAAUCUCUUGUCAAUUCUAAUGGGGCUUAUGUGGCCGCGGACGGUUCGGUUUAUUUCAACCUUUCCGAGUACCAGUACCGUUACGGUAAGCUUCAGAAUAUCCCGGAUAACUAUUACGACGGCGAGAGGAGCAAAUUAAAAAGGAACCCAAGUGAUUUCGCGUUGUGGAAACGCUGUGAUCCGAGCGAGCCACAUUGGGACAGUCCGUGGGGCGCUGGACGACCCGGGUGGCACGCGGAAUGCUCCGCGUUAGCGUCCCACGCGUUCGGCAACGAAAUUGACGUUCACGCGGGCGGAUUGGAUCUCCGGUUUCCGCAUCACGAGAACGAGGAGGCGCAAUCGUGCGCCUCGUUUGACAGGCCACAUUGGGUCAAUUAUUGGAUGCACACGGGCCAUUUGCACCUGAAAGAUUCACUGAAAAUGUCGAAGAGCCUCAAAAAUACCGUGUCGGUGAGCGAUAUGUUGAAAACUUGCUCGCCCGACGUUUUCCGAUUGGCGUGCGCCUCAGCCCACUACUCAAGUCCAAUAGAAUACAGCGACGAUUGGAUAGGCAACGCGGCCAACUUGUUUAAAGUGUACAAAAAUUUUAUGCGCAGUUGCGCGGACGUCGAGAAGGGUUUCGUGAAACCGUCGCUGGACUGUGACGUUUUGCAGCAACUUUUAAAUGAAUCGGUUACAAGUGUGGACGAUUGUUUUCGCGACGAUUUUAACACGCCGAGGGCGAUCGAAGUGUUGAACAGAAUCGUGUCAGUGUGCAACUCGAUGAUUUACACGACGGCAACGGGCGCCGUGACGGGUAAUUUACAUUACUUGGUGGCGCUGAAGAACGUUUUUUGCGAUACCUUAACCACUUUCGGUGUAUGGCCGUACGAGUCGACCCGAAGUGUCGCUGAACGUGGGAAAGAGGAUGACAUUGUAGAUGUUUUGGUGAAUUUCAGGCACGGUGUCCGACAAAUCGGCAUCGCGCAAAAAAAUCGGGAACUUUUGAACGCUUGCGACGGCGCCAGAGAAAGUUUGGCGAAGCUUGGUUUCAGCGUGAAAGACUACGGAAAAGUGACCUCAUGGUCGCGGUGA